GUUUUCGUAUUUUACCCAUGAUCCAAUGAACGAAGGCGUGACUGACAGACGAAAAUGGCCGACUUCGGUGAACCCAUUUCGGAUAAGCAAAAGGUGGCCAUUGCCUCAGAUUUUAUUCGACAUGCACCUCCAGGGGAAUUUAAUGAGGUUUUUAAUGAUGUGAGAAUUCUGCUUAAUGAUGAUGAUUUACUUAAGGAGGGUGCCUCAGGGUCAUUUGCCCAGUACAACAAAGAUCAGUUCACUCCAUGUAAAGUUGGUUCAUCAGAAGAAUUAGUUUUAAUAACAGAACAUGGGGACCUAGGAGGAAGUCGAUUUCUAGAUCCGAGGACCAAGCAGUCUUUCAAAUAUGACCACUUGCGAAAAGAGGCCAGUGAUGUGCAGCCAGCAAAGGCUGACCCUACGGCAGAACCCUGGCGGUCAGCGAUAGAGUCAUCAUUAACGUCAUACAGAGAUCAACACUAUAAACAGGGGGUGGUGACCGUUUACGGGAACAGCUCAGGGGGGAACGUUACUAUCAUUGGCUGUAUUGAAAGCCAUCAGUAUCAACCCAAGAACUUCUGGAAUGGGAGAUUGAGGUCACAGUGGUCCGUUACAUUCCCAGAAUCAGGGGGUGGGAAGGCUGAACUGACGGGGGUCAUUAAAGUACAGGUACAUUACUAUGAAGAUGGAAAUGUACAGUUAGUAACAUCUAAAGAGGUCAAACAGACCUUGAACAUCUCGAAACAUGAAAAAAAAUCGUCAAAAGCUGAGGAACAAACAGCAAAAGAAUUUGCCAAGAUUGUUUCUGAAGCUGAGUCUGACUACCAGAAAGCCAUUGGAGAGAAUUACAUGACCAUGUCAGACACUACCUUUAAGGCUCUACGACGACAACUUCCUGUCACCAGAACAAAAAUAGACUGGAACAAAAUUAUAGGUUAUAAAAUUGGAAGCGAGUUGAAGAAUGCAUGAGAAGACAUGAGUGAAAGUAAAGCCAUUAUUCCAGUGUUAUGAAAA